AUGUCCCGCCAGCUUCGAGGCCCAGCAGGGAAAGCGCGCACGGCGGCCGAAGAGCAGCCAGAGGUCCCAGCGCGGCGCGUGCUGGUCCCCGGCCUGCUGCGCCCCCGGCCCGGCUGCGCGGCGCUGCGCCCGUUCGCCUCAGGUGCCGAGUUCAAGUACAUCAUUACAGAAAAGAAAGGGAAGGCCCACAACGUGGGGCUGAUCCAGCUGAACCGCCCCAAGGCGCUCAACGCACUCUGCACUGACCUGGUCACCGAGCUCAACGAGGCACUACAGGCCUUCGACGAUGACCCGGCCGUGGGGGCCAUCGUCCUCACGGGUGGGGAGAAGGUGUUUGCAGCUGGAGCCGAUAUCAAGGAGAUGCAGAGCCUAACGUUCCAGGACUGCUAUUCCACCAGGUUCCUGAGCUUCUGGGACUACCUCUCACAGGUCAAGAAGCCCGUCAUAGCUGCCGUCAAUGGUUAUGCUCUUGGUGGUGGCUGUGAACUUGCUAUGAUGUGCGACAUCAUCUAUGCUGGAGAGAAAGCCCAGUUUGCGCAGCCAGAAAUCCUGCUAGGGACAAUCCCAGGUAUGGGGGGCACCCAGAGGCUGACCCGCGCCGUCGGAAAGUCUCUGGCCAUGGAGAUGGUUCUCACUGGUGACCGGAUCUCAGCCCAGGAUGCCAAGCAAGCAGGUCUUGUUAGCAAAAUUUUUCCUGUUGAGACGCUGCUUGAAGAGGCCAUCCAGUGUGCAGAAAAAAUUGCCAGCAAUUCUAAACUUAUAGCAGUGAUGGCUAAAGAGGCGGUGAAUGCAGCUUUUGAAAUGGCGCUGACAGAGGGAACUAAGUUGGAGAAGAAACUCUUUUACUCCACCUUUGCUACGGAGGACCGGAAGGAAGGGAUGGCGGCGUUUGUGGAGAAGAGGAAGGCCAGCUUCAAAGACCAGUAAGAGCUGCCGCCUCUGCCUCAAGCCUCCGCUGACGGAAGUGCGGUCUGCCGGCUUCGGAAGCAAAUAAAGGUCUGUUUUAAAGGCGGUA